CACUCAGCAUCAUUCACCGCCAGUAGCAGCACUGCUAGAGUUGUGUGGUUUUAGAUUCUUGUUUUACUGUUCUGAGUUUAGGUUACGCCCGUCAGUGCCGACCAAUUUCCAUCAACAUAUUUUAUUCUACAUUGCAUUGUUAUAUCUUAGCCAAUAAUUAAAUUUUAUAAAUAUAGAAAAAAACAAUACAAAAAUGACUUCAUUAAAGACAUUUGAAGAUGAAGAUCGAGAAAGUUCUUACGGGUUUGUGUUUGCUGUGUCAGGACCUGUUGUUACUGCUGAAAAGAUGUCGGGUUCAGCUAUGUACGAACUUGUCCGAGUGGGCUAUUUUGAACUUGUUGGUGAAAUUAUUCGUCUAGAAGGUGACAUGGCAACUAUACAGGUUUAUGAAGAUACUUCAGGUGUAACUGUUGGUGAUCCUGUCCUGAGAACUGGAAAACCAUUAUCUGUUGAAUUGGGUCCAGGAAUUAUGGGAAGCAUUUUUGAUGGUAUUCAGCGGCCAUUAAAAGACAUUAAUGAAUUAACACAAAAUAUUUAUAUUCCAAAGGGUGUAAAUAUUCCUGCUCUAGCUCGUGAUGUUUCUUGGGAGUAUAAUCCAUCUAAUAUUAAAAAUGGAAGUCACAUAACUGGUGGUGAUCUUUUUGGUCUUGUACAUGAAAAUACACUUGUUAAACAUAGGUUAAUGUUACCACCUAAAGCUAAAGGAACUGUAGUAUUCCAAGCCCCACCAGGAAACUACAAAGUUGAUGAUAUUAUUUUGGAAACCGAAUUUGAUGGAGAGAAAUCAUCAUUUACUAUGCUUCAAGUUUGGCCAGUACGUCAGCCCCGACCUGUAACUGAAAAACUACCAGCAAAUUAUCCUCUUUUAACUGGGCAGCGAGUACUUGAUUCUUUAUUCCCUUGUGUUCAAGGUGGUACAACUGCAAUUCCUGGAGCUUUUGGUUGUGGUAAGACUGUGAUAUCUCAAGCUCUGUCUAAAUAUUCUAACUCUGAUGUCAUCAUUUAUGUUGGUUGUGGUGAACGUGGUAAUGAAAUGGCUGAGGUAUUAGGAGAUUUCCCAGAGUUAUCAGUUGAGAUUGAUGGUGUAACAGAAUCCAUUAUGAAAAGAACAGCACUUGUUGCUAAUACUUCUAACAUGCCUGUAGCUGCUAGAGAAGCUUCUAUUUAUACUGGUAUUACCUUGUCGGAGUAUUUUAGAGAUAUGGGAUACAAUGUAUCAAUGAUGGCAGAUUCAACAUCUCGUUGGGCUGAAGCUUUGAGAGAAAUUUCUGGUCGUCUUGCUGAAAUGCCUGCUGAUAGUGGUUAUCCUGCUUAUUUGGGUGCUCGUUUAGCAUCAUUCUAUGAACGUGCAGGCCGUGUGAAAUGUUUAGGUAAUCCAGAGCGAGAAGGUUCUGUUAGUAUAGUUGGAGCUGUAAGUCCCCCUGGUGGUGAUUUCUCUGAUCCUGUAACAUCUGCUACCUUGGGUAUUGUACAAGUGUUCUGGGGUUUAGACAAAAAAUUAGCUCAACGUAAACAUUUCCCUUCUAUAAACUGGCUUAUAUCAUACAGUAAAUACACAAGAGCAUUAGAUGAUUUCUAUGAUAAAAACUUCCCCGAAUUUGUACCAUUAAGAACAAAAGUUAAAGAAAUCUUGCAAGAGGAAGAAGAUUUAUCAGAAAUUGUCCAACUGGUUGGUAAAGCAUCACUUGCUGAAUCUGAUAAAAUAACAUUAGAAGUUGCCAAAUUAUUAAAAGAUGAUUUCUUACAACAGAACAGUUAUUCUCCUUAUGAUCGUUUCUGUCCAUUCUACAAGACUGUUGGAAUGUUAAGAAACACUAUUGCUUUUUACGAUAUGGCUCGUCAUGUGGUUGAAUCAACAGCACAAUCUGAAAAUAAAAUAACAUGGUCAGUUAUUAGAGAUAGUAUGGGCAACAUACUAUAUCAAUUAUCAUCAAUGAAAUUUAAGGACCCUGUUAAAGAUGGAGAAGCUAAAAUUCGAGCCGAUUUUGAUCAACUUUAUGAUGAUAUUCAACAAGCUUUCAGGAAUCUGGAGGAUUAAUUUGUUUUUGUUAAUAUCUUGUUGUUCGUAAAUUUUUUUAAAACAAAACAAAAAAAGUGAAAAAAAAAAACAUUAUUUAAUGAUAAUUUGUUGUUUUCUUCGAAUUUUCACAAAAAUUAGUGCACAACAUAUUAAUGAAACUAAAGGAUGUAAAUUUUUUUAUUUGCAAUCCUAUUACUUAUGUCAUCAUCAUCAUAUUUUUAAGAAAUGUUAUAAUUUAUUUUUUAUUUGGCAUUCCAUUUUCAUAGAUUUCUGUCAUAUAAGCUAAUUUAAUAUUUUUUAAUUCGACAAUAAGCAACAUGUGAAUUUUACAAAUUCGUUUAAAUUUAAAAAAUUAUUUUCAUCUAAAAAGAGCUACACAUCCAUCAUCAUGUAAAUAAUCUUUAAAUUACCAAAUUUCCUUUAAUAAGCUGUAAAAAUUUAAGAAUAAAAGAUAGUGAACCAUAUUAGCAUUUAUUUACUUAAAACCUAAAUUAAAUAUUGGCAUUUUUUUUUUUUUAUCAAGCCAAAUAUUCUAUAUUGUUUUUUGUUUUUUGUCAAUGAUUGUUGUUUUAACUUUUAAAUAUAUAUUAUAGUUUAUGAAUUAUAAAAUAAUGUAGGGGUUUUAUUCUUAUGAGAGAGUUACAACUUAAGAGUACUCGCUAAAUUUAAUAUUUGUAAAAUAUUAGUUAUUCUGUUAUCAGUAAUUAUAACAAAUACAUUCCAAA